CGUUUUGUUUCAGACUAUUCUACGUUCUCCUCACACCAUUUUCACUCGCUGAUUCGUGUCUGAAGGAGAUAAACAAAAAGUUUCAUCAGCUUUGUAGAAGAAUCCCUAGAGAGAGAAAAGGAGAAGAUGGUGAAGAUUUGUUGUAUUGGAGCUGGGUAUGUUGGUGGACCAACAAUGGCAGUGAUUGCUUUGAAAUGUCCAGAUAUUGAAGUAGCUGUUGUUGAUAUCUCUGUACCACGUAUCAAUGCUUGGAACAGUGACCAGCUUCCGAUUUACGAGCCUGGUCUUGACGAUGUUGUGAAGCAAUGCCGUGGCAAGAACCUUUUCUUUAGCACUGAUGUUGAGAAACAUGUGAGGGAAGCUGAUAUUGUGUUUGUUUCUGUUAACACACCGACUAAAACUAGAGGUCUUGGUGCUGGUAAAGCUGCUGAUCUUACUUACUGGGAGAGCGCUGCGCGUAUGAUCGCUGAUGUUUCGGUUUCUGAUAAGAUUGUUGUUGAGAAAUCGACUGUCCCGGUUAAAACAGCUGAGGCGAUUGAGAAGAUUUUGACACAUAACAGUAAAGGGAUUAAGUUUCAGAUACUUUCUAACCCGGAGUUUUUGGCGGAAGGGACUGCGAUUAAGGAUCUUUUUAACCCUGACCGUGUUCUCAUCGGAGGACGGGAAACCCCGGAAGGGUUUAAAGCGGUUCAGACGCUUAAAGAUGUGUAUGCUCAUUGGGUUCCUGAAGGCCAAAUCAUAACAACCAAUCUUUGGUCUGCUGAGCUUUCCAAGCUUGCGGCUAAUGCUUUCUUGGCUCAACGGAUUUCGUCUGUUAAUGCUAUGUCAGCUCUAUGUGAAGCUACCGGUGCAGAUGUCACACAGGUGUCUUACGCGGUUGGUACAGAUUCAAGAAUCGGUCCCAAGUUCUUGAACUCGAGCGUUGGAUUCGGGGGUUCGUGUUUCCAGAAGGAUAUUCUGAAUCUUGUCUACAUCUGUGAGUGCAAUGGACUACCAGAAGUGGCAGAGUACUGGAAGCAAGUCAUCAAGAUCAAUGACUACCAGAAGAGUCGGUUCGUAAACCGUGUUGUUUCCUCCAUGUUCAACUCUGUAUCGAACAAAAAGAUUGCGGUUCUCGGUUUCGCAUUCAAGAAAGAUACCGGUGACACGAGGGAGACUCCAGCCAUCGAUGUUUGCAAGGGUCUUUUAGAAGACAAAGCAAGGCUAAGCAUCUACGACCCGCAAGUGACUGAAGAACAGAUCCAGAGGGAUUUAUCCAUGAACAAGUUCGAUUGGGACCAUCCUCUUCAUUUGCAGCCAAUGAGCCCAACAACAGUGAAACAAGUUAGCGUUACUUGGGACGCGUACGAGGCAACCAAAGACGCGCACGGUAUCUGCAUCAUGACAGAGUGGGAUGAGUUCAAGAACUUGGAUUUCCAAAAGAUCUUUGACAAUAUGCAGAAACCGGCUUUCGUGUUCGAUGGAAGAAACAUUAUGAAUCUACAAAAGCUAAGAGAGAUUGGUUUCAUUGUUUACUCCAUUGGUAAGCCUCUAGAUGCAUGGCUCAAGGACAUGCCUGCAGUUGCUUAAGCAAGAAGAAAAGGGACAGGUCCAUUGCUGAUUCUUUUUACCUAUCAUUUUGUGCUUUAAAGACUUGUUACAACAUUUAUUACUAUCUGUUUGUUAUGUAAUCUCUGGUUUGUGGCUUUUUUGGUAUCACUUUCAUAUUAUUUUUUUGGUCGAAGAGGACUUGUUUAUUCGACGAUGUCGUUUCAGUUUUGUUGUUUCCUUAGAAAACUUAAAUAAAGAUUGGUUCUUAUUGGAGCAAA